UUUGAGGAAGCUGAGCACUGAAACCGGCGAGCUUCAGUCGAGUCAGUCUUGGACAAAGACUAACAUAUUGGCCGUCCUCAUCCAAAGAGAUGGAAGCUAAAUAGAACACGGCAUUCCAAGCCGAACGCGUCUCUUGCACAGUGGAAAGAUGACGUAACAGAGAUGGCUCUGAAGGCAGUCCCACCAGUAUAAAACUCGGGUGCCAAGGCAAUCCCAUACAUCUCUGCUUUCUUCUGAUAGUUUGUUUUCCUGAAUCGAAAUGGCGUCGAGGAGCUCUGCCCCAGCACCUUCCAAGCCCGCUGCGCCGGCUCCUGCACCACCGAAAUCAUCAGGCGGACGCGGAACGCCAGAGCCCCCGCCCAAGGCUCGUCAGCCUCCGAAGUUCAUAUACAGAGGGGACACCAGGGUGGCUGUGGAUGAUGUGUUCAAGAACGGGAUCAAGGCCGCCGGUAAGAACACAGAUGUCCUUGCUCACGUCCGUGGCGGCCCGAAUCUCAGCGACACGGCUUAUAUCGCCACCACUCAGACUCGGAGAGUGGCCGGAGUGUUUAUGAAGCAAGUGAUCCCAGAGGAUUCUUUUGUAGACAAGACGCAUCCCGAGAUCAAGUACUACAGGCGCACUGGGUGGCUGUACACGAUCAACACGGCUGGGCUGGAGAUGGUGUAUGUUCCGGACUUUCUGGAGGAGAAGAAGCUCCAGAAGGAGAUUAACACGUAUAGCUGGCAGCAGGAGUGGGCUGUGAAGGGGGCAAUUCCUGCCAAGAACAUAAAGGAGGCUCAGCUGGUUGAUGGAUACUUCUGGAGGUUCAGUGACUAUGAUGCGAACCUGAAACGGGCAAAUGUUGAUGCCAUUUACCCGGCCGAUAAGGAGUCUCCUUACAAGACCAAGAAUGAGACGAACAAAGCUUAUAAAGAGUAAGAUGUGUUUUUAACAUUCCUAGUUAUAAAAUAAUUUGCUGUGAUUAUCCUGACUACAUGUUCCAUGUAAUAAUGUUUGGUUUGUUUAAAAUUUAUAAAAGAAAAGUUAAUACGGCAUAAAAAUAAACUACACUUUUGUUUAA